AUGGUACGGCUAUCAGAUUUGCCUGAAACAGUUUAUCCCUCACAAUCGUAUUUAUUGGCUGCUACUGAUCAUUCAUUAUAUUCAUCGUUACAAGGCACAAUGGAGAGUAGUGUUGAUCCAUGGCUAAAUAUAAAUGGUGGUGGUGGUGGUCAUUAUAAUCCAUAUUCUUAUGAUCAUGCAGCAUUAGCUGGUUAUCCAUAUGGACCAGGAUAUUCAUCAAUGGAUUUAGCUGGCAGACGUAAAAAUGCUACAAGAGAAACAACGGCUACUCUAAAAGCUUGGUUAUAUGAACAUCGAAAAAAUCCUUAUCCAACAAAAGGUGAAAAAAUUAUGUUAGCCAUUGUAACAAAAAUGACAUUAACUCAAGUUUCAACAUGGUUUGCAAAUGCAAGAAGAAGAUUAAAAAAAGAAAAUAAAAUGACAUGGUCACCAAGAAAUAGAACAAACGAUGAUGAAGAUCAAUCGAGUGAUGAUGGUGAUGAUUCGGAAGUUAUAUCACCAAGAACAACGAUGAAUGAAAAUGGACAUAGUAAAGCUCACGAUUCAGGAGAUCUGUCCGAUAUAAGUGCAAAUACAACAUUAGAUGAUAUUGAACAUGAAAAAACAGAAGAUUUGGUAAAUCAAGAACUUCUGUUAUUAAAACAUCAUAAACAGCAACAACAAUUAUUGUUGCAUCAUCAUCAUCAUCAUCAUCAUCGUUCAACACCAAAAGAUAUAAAUAGAGAUGACAAUAAUAAUACAACAACAACAACUCUAACAUCUCCAACUAAACAUCAUAAAGUAAACGAACUAAAUGCUGAAACCGGUACGACAAAACCAAAACUAUGGUCAUUAGCUGAUAUGGCUAAUGAUUCGAAAUGUUCAAAAACGACAGUAUCUCAAAUACGUUCAUCGUCAGCGACAGCAGCUGCCUUUGCACAUUGGGCUGUUCAAGCCGAUCAAGCGUCAAGAUAUGCGCUAGCAGCUCAAUAUUCUCGACAAUCAUCGCAUUCUCAUCAUCCAUUAUGGUAUCAAGAUUUACGUCAAACACCAACAACAAUAGCGAGACCAACUCUAAUUCAUAAUCAACUAUUAUUACCAUCCAUAAUGAAAGAUGGUACAACAAAAUUGUAUAAACCAUCCUCAUCAACUUCAUCAUCAUCUGUUUCGUCAUCUUAUUCAGACGGAUCUCCUACAUCUACAACUGAUGACAAUAAAACAGACUGUUCUCCACAAUCUUCAUUAUCCACUAUUGCACAUGUACUACCAUCACCAUCUUCUCAACAUCAACAAACCGGCGCAUUUAAACCAUUGAAAAAAGAAAAAUUGUGA